AUGCAUCAGUUGGUGGAACAUUUUUUAAAGCUAAAGCCUCCUAAGUUUGAUGGGAAAGGUGAUCUAGAGGCUGCUUCCCUCUGGGUCGAAGAGUUGGAAAAAGCGUUUGCGCUACUGAGGUGCACAGAAGAAGAAAAAGUGACCCUGGUGGUGUAUCAACUUCAGGGGAAUGCAAAUGACUGGUGGAAGGCCACCCGGGGUAGAGUUUUCCCUACUGACACGACCCAGAACUGGACUGCUUUUACUGAGGCCUUUAAUGGAAAGUAUUUCUCGGAAAGUGCCCAGGUGCAAAAGAUGGCUGAAUUCUUGAGGCUUCGUCAAGGUAAGAUGACUGUGGAUCAAUAUGAGGCAGAGUUUGCAAGGUUGUCCAAAUUUGCACUGAAGAUGGUAGAUGACCCAUUGGAUAAAGCCCGGAGGUUCCUAGAUGGGCUGAAGCUGGAGCUCCGUAGUCAACUGAUAAUGUUGAAUUUGAGGGAUUAUAACGAGUUGUACGAAUGGGCUCAAGCGGUGGAACGAGAUAUGAUGGAGAGAGCUGCUGCUUUUAGAUCGCGGUACGCCCCGGCUAGGGAAAAUCGCAUUUUGGAAAGAAACCUAUGGCGGGAAAUAGGCGCUUUGUCCCUCCUGUCAGAAAGAAUAUCGGGAAGCCGGCUUACUACUCAAAUGUUGUAUGUCAGAGUUGUGGGGGUAGACACGGAAAUGGACCUUUCCCGAGUAGGGGUGGAGCGUGCUUUGGAUGCGGUAAAUGAGGGCACCAAGUGA